AUGAUCAGGGGUGCUUGGAUGUUUCGAAGGGAAGAUGACGCCGUGUUAAAAAUAUGUUGUGCACCCAAACAAAACGACAAACCCUGUGCCGAUUCCGAGAGGGUACAGAAAUGGCGAAUGUCUUUGGCAUCCCUAUUAUUUUUCACUGUCCUUCUCUCUAAUCACCUCUGGCUGUGUGCUGGAGUUAAACUGAGAUCCAAGGAUAGGAGCAACCGCAAAACCUGGAUCAACGCGACUGACGGGGUCCAUCCGGCUCUAAAUGAGGGGAAAAGUGGUAUUUUUCUAAGCAAUUUGACCAAAUCCGCUGCUCCAGGUCCUCAUUGCACUGAUGCUCAAAGCCACCACACUCACCUGGAGUCAGCCUGCACCACAUUGUAUCGGCAAAAAAAUGGCUUUGGGUCCUCAACUCCAUCAACGUUCUCGUCACAGAUGUUACUUGAUUAUUUUAGGAAUUUUAGCCUCUCUUUUUGUGAUUCUUACUCCAUUUCCGAUUUACUGUUGGGGAUGUCAAGCCCAGACAGUUUAAAUUGCAGUCUUCAGAACAUGGUUUUGGAUUUGUUUAGCAGUGGUGGGGAUGAUGAGGAUGUCUGCAGCAUCUGUAUCCAGGCUUACAUGAGGCUGGACCAACACGCUCAGGAAAAAUAUGAGGAGUUUGACUUCUUCUUUCUCAAGUAUUUAUCAGAGGAUUAUUCUGUCCGAUCCCACACAGAGGACUGUAAGUCAGUCUACAAAGCCUGGUUAUGCUCAGAAUACUUCAACGCCACCCAGAGCCAGUGUCACCACAGGAUUCCCUGCAAGCAAUAUUGUCUGGAGGUCCAGACCAUGUGCCCCUUUGUGUUACCAGACAAUGACGACUUGGUCUAUGGAGGACAAUCCAGUUUCAUCUGUACAGGGCUACUAGAAAACCAUUUAACCAAUGCAGACCCAGAGUGUUGUGACGUCAGACGGAGUGGCUGCGACCCCUCUGUGGGGGCGGCGUGUGCCCUGGCCCAGCUUCCGGGGUCAUCAUCAUGGCAGCGGCGCAGCUCCCCGCCUGUGUCAGCUGCAUCGCGGCUGUGCAGCAGCAGACUCAGACUGUGUGUUCUGGUCCUCAUCCUGCUGCACACUGUCAUCUCCUUUUCCACUGUCCAGAGCAGUGGCGCUGUGGGCCUGGAGGCCAUGGUGCCCAUGCCCCUGGAGGAGAGCUCUGCCCGAGAGGAGUGA